AUGGUCGCUUCCAUCCUCGGCCAGACGCUCCUUCGGGCCGCUCCGCUUGCCGGCGCUGGUGCACUGCUGGUCUCCAGCACGACAAAGCUCCACGCCGAAGAGGCGCCCGCACCCUCGUCGCAAAAGCUCCCCAUCUACCCGCUCCCCGAGCCCGAGGUCAAGCUGGUACCCACCCAGACUGAGCUGGAACGACAGAUUGGCAGUGCGCGACGGGGCCUUCAGGGCGCGACAAAGGAGACGAGAGAGGCCCUCUCUGGCUCCAUUGAGAAGUGGAUCGGCGUCGAGAGGAAGAUUGAGAAGGAGGUCAAGUCGCUCGUGCCCGCCGACGAGCCUCUCACACCAGGCCUCCUCUACGUCGGUGUGGCUACCUUGACUGGCUCGGUCUUUACUCGAUUCCGCUCGUUCCCGAUCCGGUUCAUCACACCACCCCUCUUCCUGGUGGCCUCGCUCAACUACUUCCAGCCCAAGCUCGCGACCAACCUGUCGUCGUACUACGUCGAGCUGGAAAAGGCCCACGCGCCGGCGCUCACCGAGCAGCGCGAGUCGCUCGUCUCGGCGUUCCGCAGCUCGAUCCAGUCGGCCAGCCACAAGGUCGAGGAGGCGAAAUCGGGCGCAGAGCGCGGCCUCCGCUCCGGCCUCUCGGAAGUCGAAAAGUCGACCGGCCUCAAGGUCGGCGACGUCCUCGGUUCCGCAGAGGUCAAGGCCAAGGAGGCCAAGAUCAAGAUGCAGGACCAGAUGAGGGCCGUCUGA